AUGCCUUUUUUCCCUGCCACUCUGAAGGCUACCAUGGGGCGCGAAAGGGCCCACAGGAGAGACAGAGAGGCGAGGAAGGGUGGAGUCGAAAAUACCUCGGCAAAACCAUUGGUGACGGAGUCGCCAUCACAGCUCUCCCAUGCACUUCCGUCGUUUAUUGAAUUCAAAAAGCAGCAGGCGUCACUUCUUUUCAUUGCGUGGGAUAACGAAGACACUGGCCGUAUCGAGGCCCGGCAGCUUCGACCUAUCAUCUAUGCCCUUUUUCCUAACGAUGCAACGGAGUUUGUGGUUAGCCCAUGCGAGAUACGAGAGGCGUUUGCCGAGGCAGUUGGGCAGCCAUGGUCGCUGCAGCGAAGUGUGACACUUGGUGAGGUUUUUGCCAUUUUAGAUGCCUUGUGGUCAUCACAGAAACGACGCACACGGAUGGUUACGGCGUGUCUUCGAAGUGUGUUUAACACUGUCUCUGAUGCGCAGCCUACGAUAUCACGUGAGGCACUAUUAGAAUUUGCUAAACGUGUCGCCUGCACAGAUGUCAGUGCGGAAGUUGUGCGGCCAAUUCUUUGUGCUGCGGCUGCGGCGGACACCAAUCUCAGCGAUACGAUGGACUUUGAGGGUUUCUGCGGUUUAAUCCUUCCAGGAUUAGUGCAAGGAUAG